AUGUUGGAAAGGGACAAAUUGAUAUUCACGCACCUGAACGAUAAUUAUUUUGUACAGAAAUUUCUCACUUUACAAAUACCACAUGAUGUACACACAAAACAACAUAAAACAGCUCAACAUCGCAGGCAUUUAAUGUUUCAAGCUCAAAGUGAAAGUUUAAGAUUAACAUCAAUUUUGAUGUGUCUGACAAGAAGGAAAAUUUUGUUGAAAGAUAAAUUUAACGACAUCGAUUCUUGUUGGAGUUGA